CUGUCAGGCUGAGCGGCGGCGCGGCCGGUCGGGGAGGAGGAGGAGGCGGCGGCGGAGCCGGUUUUUUGGCCAGGGGGGGGGAUUCGGCUAGGAGGACAAGAUGAUAUCGGCCGCCCAGCUCCUAGAUGAGCUUAUGGGCCGGGACAGAAACCUGGCCCCGGAUGAGAAACGCAGCAACGUGCGGUGGGACCAUGAGAGCGUUUGUAAAUACUACCUUUGUGGGUUUUGCCCAGCUGAAUUAUUUACGAAUACCCGUUCUGAUUUAGGUCCUUGUGAAAAAAUUCAUGAUGAAAAUCUACGUAAACAAUACGAGAAGAGCUCUCGUUUUAUGAAAGUGGGCUAUGAAAGAGACUUCCUGCGCUAUUUGCAAAGCUUACUUGCAGAGGUAGAACGCAGGAUUCGAAGAGGCCAUGCUCGUUUGGCACUGUCACAGAAUCAACAGUCUUCUGGGGGAGCAGGACCUACUGGUAAAAAUGAAGAGAAGAUUCAAGUGUUAACUGACAAAAUUGAUGUACUUCUACAACAGAUUGAAGAACUGGGUUCAGAAGGGAAGGUGGAAGAGGCACAAGGAAUGAUGAAACUUGUUGAACAGUUAAAGGAAGAGAGAGAAUUGCUGAGGUCUACAACUUCAACAAUUGAGAGCUUUGCAGCCCAAGAAAAGCAAAUGGAAGUUUGUGAAGUUUGUGGAGCCUUUUUAAUUGUAGGAGAUGCACAGUCCAGGGUAGAUGACCACUUGAUGGGAAAGCAGCACAUGGGCUAUGCCAAAAUAAAAGCUACUGUAGAAGAUUUAAAAGAAAAGUUAAGAAAAAGAACAGAAGAACCUGACCGUGAUGAAAGGUUAAAAAAAGAGAAACAAGAACGAGAAGAGAGAGAGAAAGAGAGAGAACGGGAAAGAGAAGAGCGGGAAAGGAAGAGACGACGUGAAGAGGAAGAGAAGGAAAAAGAGAGGGCUCGUGACAGAGAGAGACGUAAAAGGAGUCGCUCCCGGAGUAGACAUUCAAGCAGAACAUCUGACAGAAGAUGCAGCCGCUCACGAGACCACAAAAGAUCAAGAAGCAGAGAAAGAAGGCGGAGCAGGAGUCGUGACCGAAGAAGAAGCAGAAGUCAUGAUAGAUCAGAAAGGAAACAUAGGUCUCGCAGCAGGGACAGGAGGCGAUCAAAAAGCCGGGAUCGGAAAUCCUACAAGCACAGAAGCAAAAGCAGAGAGAGGGAACAAGACAGGAAGUCCAAAGAAAAAGAAAAGAGGGGAUCUGAUGAUAAAAAAAGUAGUAUGAAGUCCAGUAGUCGAGAAAAACAGAGUGAAGACACAAAUACAGACUCGAAGGAGAGUGAUACUAAGAAUGAGGUCAAUGGGACCAGUGAAGACAUUAAAUCUGAAGUGCAGCGUAAGUAUGCACAGAUGAAGAUGGAACUAAGCCAAGUAAGAAGACAUACUAAAGCACCUUCUGAAGGAAAUGACAGUGUAGUCCUGCAAAACAUUUUGAGGUACAUUGUUUUGUCUCAGCUCUUUUGUAGCAGACUCGUGCCCCCAUUAGUGUGCCUCUUUGGGACAUAUUUGUAAUAUAGCCACCAUAGAAAAAUUAAUUAUCCUUUUUUAUUUUUAGGGAUUUUGUUAUCGUUUUUAAAAAAAAAAGUUGAACUGUUUUUGUAUUUAAGUCCAUAUUGUGUUGGUACAUGAGCAGAAACUUUUGCUUUAAUACUUAAUGUUUGAGGCACAUGUUGGACUACUUUUGUUUUCAUAUAAACUGCUAGUAUUUCUUUGUCGAGGAUGUUUCUAGUUUUUUUUUGCUUUAUUGCCUUGCAUUCUAAUGCAGUUUGUUCUGUAACUCGAGAGCCAGUAGCAUUGGAUUGAUGGAAGUGUAGGGUUUAUGAAUUAUUGCAGCUGACUACCAUACCUCACACAGCGUUGGUGUUGUGAGCGGCCCAUGAAAAGCCAAAUUAAAAAUCAAGGAUUCAGUCAAACUAAGCAGGUACUCAUGCCAGGUACUCCUUUCUCUACCCACAUCCAUGUUUGAAUGCUGUUGCCUGUAAUCUUUAAGCUUACUGUUGUGUUUUUGAUUUUCAAGAUAGUGAAAAGGACUUUUUGUGUAUUGUGUGAAUACUGUACAUCUGAUGUUAACAGAAUGGAAUUUUCUUUCGACUGUGUGUAGGGAUGCAGUGCUGCCCAGAAUUAGAUAUCUUUAAAGAGUUUAAAAUGCAAUAAACACUACAUAAUAACCGCCUUGUUACUUUCAAUGCAAUUCAAGUCUUUAAGAGGUAUGUGUUUAAUAUUUCCUACUGUGUAGGAGAAUUUGCAGUCAGCCAUAAUACAGAGGAGUGGCUGAUAACAAGCUUCUAAGGCAAAUGUAAAUGCAAAGGCAGAUGCCACCAGAUGAUUACAAUGUUCAUGGCAAGAAUGUGUGCUGAAAAACUGUUGGAAAUGAAACAGCCAAACAAUAGGAAAUACAAAUACUGUAUUAAAAGGAAAACUUGAAGUUUUUUCCUCACUCUUGACAUAGCUUUCUUACAGAAGGUCUGUAGUUGUAUUCCUGAAAUAAGGAAUAACAAUGGAGAGUACAGCUGAUAAUGAGCUUCUUGCAACAUAAAUUGCUAAUGUAGUUUUAUUAUUUAUGCUAGGAACUCAUAAUGUUGAUUAUUAAACUUAAUGUUGAUUAUUAAACCAUUAAUGCUACACUAUUGCUUCUAAAGCCAGUCAUGUUCAAUGUUGACAUUUUUGUAGAGUUAAGAUGACAGCUAACAACUGGGCCAAUAUAUAGAAAUGGUAAAAUAAAUGCUCCUAACGCUGUCUAAUUGUCUGUUUUCCCAAAAUUUUGCAUUAUAGGACUACAACGUGAAGACUCUGCGAAGACAGGGGAAGACAGCUUAAACUGAAGAUCUGCUUUAAAAUGAGGUGAAAGAAAGCUGUAGUGGCAUAGAAAAAUAUAAAGUUGAAUUAGAAAUAUUUUUUUUUUAUAAAAUUUAAGUCAGGACUGGUGUUUCCUCCCAGAGUUCAGAAAGAUGUGUUGAUAAUAGCACAUAUGCUAUUGAGAAUAUAAGUCCUGUAUCCUUUUUUUCUUUAAGACUUUUUAAGAUAAGAAACCAACGUAACCUGAACACAUGGCUUGCUCAGUGUUUAAUUGCAAGUUUUCAUUCUUGGACUUUAAAACACAAGAAUAAAUGUUUAGUAUUUGUGUGAAUCGAACUAAAACAAAUCCCAUUUUUACAACUAAGCUAUUCCUAGCUUCUUGAUAUCCAAGAAAUGGAAAUAAAGUAUCUUUGAAUUUCUGUUACAAA